GGCAGAGAGUUGGCAACCCUGCCAGUUGGUGCCUCGCACCCACCACUGGGCCUGGGAGUUCUGCCAUCCCUGUGUACAUUCAAACAUGGCGGUUGCUGGAGGGGGGGGGGUCCCCGGCCGGGGGUGUUUACCGGUCGCGGCAGAUCCUGAUGGGGCUGGAGGUUCCGCUGCUGCCUUCAAUCUCUCUGGACUCGACCAUUGACAGGAGGACUUUCUGGCCUCUCCUGCUGCUCACGGCAAAUUUCCGUCCCAUUUUGGCUGUGAGGGAGCGCAGAACAUGGCCUCGGGCAAGGAGUCCAGAGACAUGGGAGAAGGAUGCCCCUUACUCCGCGGCGUGGGCAGCCUUGGUGGGGCUACUCCUGUGGCUCCUCUCAGUGACUUCCAGCCACAGGAGACUAAUGAAGAGCGCUCCGUGGCCGAAACCAGCAAAUGGUCACUGAAGUCCUUCUCAGACGGCUCCAGGAUCCAGCAUGUCAACACUGGGAACGAGAUCCUGGAUGAAGGAGUUGCCACCAGUUCCCGGAGGAGUGUCUUCACGGUUGAAGAUGAUGGGUGGUUCCUGCAGACCAUUGCCACUGAAUUGUCUUGUGAGGGUGCCGACAUCCAAGAGGCCAAGAUCCCAGAAGUCAACACAAGGGAUCAGGAGCUGGACGUGGAGAGUUUCAUCAGUUCCCCGAGCGUCCAGAGGCCAAGCACCGUUCAGAGGAGGCUGCACAACACUGCUGCUGACCAGGAGCCAUCCCUUGGAGAGAGUUCUUCCUUCCCGGGGGCCGAGACUCCACAUGCCAGCAUGGAGGACGAGGGGUCGGAAGGGGACUGUGACACCAGUUCCCCCAGAGUCCUGAAGCCAAAGAAGUGGCUCCUCAAGAAGAUGAUGAUGAACACCUACACGGUGGAGGACUCGUCCUCCGCAGAGUGCUCCUCGACGGACGAGGACGACACGAUGCAUAAUAUCAGCAGCAUCGAGGACGAGGUGUGGGACUCUCCACCGACCCCCAGUUCGGCCAGGAACAUCGACGGUGAGGAAGCAGGAAGAGGACAGCUGGCCCCAGAUUGGUUCUCCUCAGUCCAUCUGGGAGAGGGGAGAGCAACAAAGAAGAUCGGGGACGUCAUCCGGUGUGUGGAGUAUGCCAGUGAGGUGGAGGAGAGGUUCCCCGAACUCCUGGUGGGCCUGGUCAACAAGAUCCUCACAGGCCUGCAGAACACCACCGAGGGAGUCGGGAACCGAGACAGCCAAGACCUGCCUCCUGAGGAGACCGCGCAGAUCGUCCGGACCCUGCUGGAGAGGGUGGCACAGGUGACCCCAGAGAAGACCUGCUGGGAAUCCCUGUGCUCUCCGCAGAGCUGCCUCCAGGGUGUGGCCCUCUUGGUGAGGGCUCUCCUCCAGACACCAUCCUCCACAGUGGCCAGGCUGAAGGCAUACCUGGCUUCCCUCUUCAGCCUGGACAAAGAUCCAGAACAGCAUUCCCUCGCAGAGGUGGCCUUCUUUGUGGAGCUGCUCCUGAAAGACAAAGACUUCGCCGCCUUGGAGAAGACUUGGACGCUCCUGGUAGCGUGGCUAGUCCACCCCAGCCAGAACAUCCGCUACCUGAGUGAAAGGGGACUUCUCCAAAUUUAUGGAAAGCUGAAGGCGGCAAAGAAACCCCAGGAUUUUAGUGCCGGGAUCCUGGGAGGGCUCAGGACCUCCAGUCUGGAAGCCACUUUGGGGGUCCUGGCCUUCAUGGAGCGGCUGAGGCACUGUCCAUCAGAACACCAGGCCACGGUGAAUGCUGUCCUGGCUGCCCUGUGCCGCCCUCUCUUCCACCAUGAGGAGGCUAAGAUCCGAAGGGCAGCCAUGAAGACCCAUCUGGAUCUCCUGCAGCACCGCCACCACCAUCAUGAGGGUACAGAAGAAAACAUCACGACCCUCAUCGCAGUGCUGAUGCAUGUGGAGGAUGAGGACCUGGAGGUAGCACAGGCUGCGAAGGACAAUCUGAGCCUCCUGGCGGAAGCCCUCCUAUGGCACCUGGAGGGCAGGCUGCUGGCGCGGGACUCUUACAGCCUGCAGGAGCUGCUCCACAAGAUCGCCAAGCGUCUGAUUCGGCAGCUCGGCACAGAGGACGCCGUGGAGAUGGAGGCCAUCAAUAUACUGGGCUUCUUCCGCAGCGAGCAGCCUUCAGUGAGGAGAACGGCUGCCCUGCUGAUCGGUCACCUGGUCCACAAAAAGGGCAGCAUACUCACUGAAGGGAACAUAGAGACCUUCCAUGCUGCGCUGGAGAGCUUGCUUGGCGACCAUGACCCCGAGGUCGGGACAGUUGCCUGCAAGACGGAGAAGAUCUUGAAGAAGGCCUUUUCCCUCCACUCCCGGCACGGGCUGCGGGCUGCCGUUCGGCGCUUGUGGGCUGGCUGUAAGAAGAAGAGACACCCGCCAGAGUACGGUGAUCUCUCCACCUGACCGACUGGAACAACAGCCCCGUGCUCUCCCCUUGAAGAUCAGCAGCUGAAGGGAAACACCAUGAAGCACAGUGGAUCCGGACCACCCAGAAGACCUCCUCCAACCCCGUGGACACAAGAUCUGUCCACAAGAAGACAGCAGGGAAGUGCAGUUCUGUCUGAGGAGUGAGGGGGAAGCAGGCUCCACUCCCCUGGCCCAAGGAAGCCCCGCCUCUGGGGUGCAGAAGCCCCUCCCCUUGCCUCUGCUGGUAGGCUGUGGGAGGAGGCUACAGCACCACCCUGCCCCCAAGUGGCCCUUUGGAACCAUUCUUGGGCUUCCCUUGGGUCCGGGGAGGCUGUGUGGCCCCAGCAGGAGGGCAAGGUCACCGCCUCCCUCCAUUCCCACCAGCUGGCCAGGGAGCGCCCCCUCCUCCUUCCGCCUUUCUCCCCUUCCCCAGCGGCCUGGCUUCCCCUGCCAGGGGAAGCACCAUCCAGGCAUCCGCCCCCUCCCCUGCCGAGGGUGUGCUCCUCCCCCCCUCCACUCCCGCAGCCACGCCUCACUCCCCCCUCCGCUCCCUCCUCCUUCCUCCCCAAACCAGUGCAGGUUGCCCCCCCUCAACCCCCACCCCCCUGCCCAAUCCCCACUUGCUGGGCUGCCGGAGUGGAAAGGGAGGAGGAGCAGGGCAACCCCACUGACGCUGCUUUGUGCUUCUUGCAGGCUUGUGCUGCUGCUGGGCGGCUGGAGGAGUCGAUCCGCCCCAGAAGAGGAGACCAAGUGAACGUGCCUGCAAGGAGUGGGGGGGGGGGUUGGGGGCUGGCUGGGACUCCCCCCAAUUUUUUUUGCCCUGCCAUUCCCUUGUUCUGUGUGACCCUGGGCUUCCUUCCCUCCCUCCCUCCCAGGGGCAGAAUGGGCUUUGCUGGUCGUCCUGUUGGGGGCCGAGUAGGAAUUUUUGGCUUUCCAACAGAUUGGCCGAGAUGGAAAGUUUUUUUGCCUACUCCAUUCUGUCCUGUUUUGUUUCCUUUAGUUAGAAAGUUAAGUGACGACUUGUAACCUAAUUAAGUAUAUUAAUAAAGUUGCCACUUUUGUUAGCAUC